UUUGAACGCGUUCGCGGGAGUGGACCAGGAAGUGGUGCAAGUGUUUGGCGUAAUAACUGUGUUGUUUAUGUUGUGAAAGUGGUUUUAAUUGAAUCAUGGAUUUCGUGUCAGGCAGCGCCGCUCUCGCAGAUAAGCAGGAGACCAAGAUGAAGAUGAGCAGAGCAGAGCACAGGAGCCUGAGCCGCUUCAUGGAGCGCCUGCGGCCCACACGCCAGUGCAUGGACACACUUAAGGCCCAGUUCCCCCAUCUUCCCCCGUCCACUCUUCUGAGCAUCUUCUCCCAGGAGUACCAGAAGAGGACGAAGCGCAGCUGUGCGAGACAUCACGCUCCUGACGUGGUUAAAGGAUACUAUCAGAGAUACCGGAGCGAAGCCCGGACUCGUCCCACAGACCCGGUUCUGCUGGAGCUCGCCAACCAGGUGGACCUGUCCCCGGCGCUCCUGGCCCGUGUGAUCCUGGAGUGUUUCCUGCAGGAGUGUGAGCCUUCAGUGUCAGCAUCCAGACUCGUCCUCAACAACAUGCUGCGCGAGCCCCAUCUGAUCCCGGACCUGCUGUUAGCCAAGCACGUCGAGCAGUGCACAGUAAACGACUGCUGUUAUGGACCGCUGGUCGACUGCAUCAAACAUGCCAUCGGUCUGGAACAUGAAGAUAUUCUGCGAGACAAACUCCGAGAGAGAAACCUGUCGUUUCUGGAUGAGAACCAGCUCCGUGCCAAAGGCUACGACAAAACCCCUGACAUCAUCCUGGAGGUGCCGAUCGAUGUUGUGUUUCUCCACAGCUGUGGAUGGCCACGUCGUUCACUGGAUCGAGAGCAAGGCUUCGUUUGGAGACGACCACAGCCAUCACGCUUACCUGAACGAGCAGUUCUGGAGCUACUGCAACAGGUUCGGGCCGGGUCUGGUCAUCUACUGGUACGGGUUUUUAUCGGAUCUGGACUGCCAGCGCGAGCGAGGGAUCCUGCUGAAGGACGGCUUCCCCUCAGACAUCGUGACCCUGUGUCGCGGGCCGACCCCGUGUGGAGCCGGAAGCCCAUUCAGCUUUCCUGCGGAGCGAGAGAGCGGCCGAACAUCUGCCCUGAACUCCCGGUGAACUCCAGCGACGGGUGUGGAGCUGCAGGUAACGCCGGGCGGCUCCACGUUCACUCAGUGUGUGUGUGUGUGUGUGUGUGUUCUGCUGUAAUAAAGUUGAGUUCUUCAUAUAUUGUGUUUAUCUACUGAGGCUUGGAGUGACGCUCUCCAAAACUUCCUCUUCUGUCGAGAGCCGUGGAGAGAUAAGAGAUAUAGGAGAUUCCUGUCUCCAUUAACCCUGUGCAGCCUGACACACCACACACAGUCACACACACAGUCACACACACACAAUCACACACAUCUGUUUGGUUUAUAAUGGAACAGUUUAUUAAUUCAGUUCAACUCACAUUUAUUUGUGUGGCGCUUUUUACAACACACGUGAAAGUGCACGAGUCCACAUUACAGUUUACUCUCAUCUGUUAUCAGAAGUUAUGCAUUUCAGAAAUGUACUUUAGUUAGCUAAAAAUGUAUUAAUUUAUACAAUUUAAUAAUAAAAGGCGGAAACAAUGAGCUCACUGAAGUAAUGAUUUCAAUAUUAAACUGUUUAUAAAAAAGUUUAUCGAUGAUAAAAGUGAGAAUAUCGCCAGUUUUAUUUCAGAGCCCCAAACUGAGACCCGAUACACAGUUUGCUGCAGAUGCUGAUAUUAAAAUGGACACAAAGAUGAAAUGAUGAUGCUUUUAAUGUAAAUCAACAAGAUCUUUCUAAUAUUAUAGCAGAUACUGACAUUAAAUACAUAUAAGUAUCAAUAUCUGUCAAUAACGUCUCAGCAAGCUGAUAUCUAAAUGCUUAGUUUAAUGAUCAAAGUUCUAGUUUUAAAUCAUAUAAUGCAAUGAUGAUUGAGAGAUGAACUAAUAAAUCUGAUGAUCAUAUUUGAUGCUCAUGAUUUGAUAAUCAAGUAAAGUGAAAUAUUACUAACAAUAUCAAAGUUCUUCCUGCGUUUGGAGGACGUUUGUACAAUACACUGAAAGACUUUUACUAGAUAAACAUGAAGAUGUGUGUGAAUGAGUGUUCAGCUUGUGUUCGCCACAGAAGAACACAACAACAAUCACAAAUCUGACCUUGUUUUCACACUAGUGCGAGUUUACAUGAGAAUUGUGAGCUAUAAAGUCUCAUUUAUGAGAUGAGAAGUGGCGAUUCUGUUUCAGAUGUGGGAUUGUGUGUUGGAAACGAGCGUCCGUAGUUUACCCUAAACUCUGAUGCUUCAAAACGUUUAUUACGAGAUAUGAAUGAAGCACUUAAUCUGAGAUCACUCUAUAUGAUGAACACAUUUAUUUGGGCUGUUAUUCAAAUAUGAACAUUAACACACACACACACACUAGUGGAGGGCGUGAGUAUUGGCCAUCAGUGUUGAGGAGUGUGUGCUGGACUCGGGUCUGGUGUUCAGUGGAUACACAGCUGUUUCUGCUCAGUUAUUAACAUAUUCAUCUGUCAGCACAGCAGCAGGUGUGUUAUUAUGAGCGGCACACACACACACACACACACACACGCUGAAACUCACUGAAGGACGCUAGUAUUAGCAGUGUGUGUUAUUACAUGAUGUUCUCUAGAUGAUGACUCUUCUCUGACGUCAGUGUGAGUCCAAGAGCGCCAUUCCCUACAGUGGACACACACACACACACACUGAGUUUAAUGAGUGACAAACGGCUAAAACAUACAGUGAAACACUCGAAUAUGAUGAACCUUCAUGAUCAUCAGUGUUGAGAACAGUUCUUGUUUUUGAGGAGUCCGUCAUGCAUUUUAUUUCUCAGGAUUCAUAGAACAGAAAGUUCAGAAGAACAGCAUUUAUGUGAAAUAUAAUCUUGUGUAACAUUAUAUAUGUCUUUAACUGUCACUUUUGAUCUGUUGAAUAUGUCCAUGAUGGAUAAACCUAUUGAUUUCUGUCAAAUAAAAAAUCUUACUGUCCACAAAUGCUCUGUGUGAGUUAUA